GAACUGCAGGCGCUUGGUUCCGGCUCCGCCCCCCGGGCCAAAGCCUUCCAGGUCACCUGUGAGCCUCCGCCCAAUGACCCGAAGCCGAGGCGGUGGCGCCCGAGACUAAGCCGGGGAUCUUGGAGGGAGACAGGAUGGCUUCGUGGAGCUCUGACACCCCGUGUUCCUGCGAUUGCUUUGUUUCCGUGCCCCCGGCCUCGGCCAUCCCAGCUGUGAUCUUUGCCAAGAAUUCCGACCGACCGCGGGACGAGGUGCAGGAGGUGGUGUUUGUACCAGCAGGCACUCAUGCCCCUGGCAGCCGGCUCCAGUGCACCUACAUUGAGGUGGAACAGGUGUCAAGGACUCACGCUGUAAUCCUGAGCCGCCCUUCUUGGCUGUGGGGGGCUGAGAUGGGCGCCAAUGAGCAUGGUGUCUGCAUUGGCAAUGAGGCAGUGUGGACCAAGGAGCCAGUUGGAGAGGGGGAAGCCCUACUAGGCAUGGACCUACUCAGAUUUUUUUGUGUGACUUGGGCCUCUCUGGGCGCCUUCCGUCCAUUGGAGCUUCCGUCACCAGCCACUGACGCUGCGUUCCCCUUCCGUGCAUCCCUUCAUGCCAGGCUGGCUUUGGAACGGAGCAGCUCUGCCCUGGAGGCCUUGCGUGUGAUCACAGACUUGCUGGCGCACUACGGGCAAGGGGGCAGCUGCCGGGAGGACCCCACACCGUUCUGCUACCACAACACAUUCCUGCUGGCUGACCGGACUGAGGCGUGGGUGCUAGAGACGGCAGGGAGGCUCUGGGCUGCACAGAGGAUCCAGGAAGGGGCCCGUAACAUCUCCAACCAGUUGAGCGUAGGCACGGACAUCUCGGCCGAGCACGCAGACCUUCGGACCCGUGCCCUGGCCCAGGGCUGGUGGGAUGGGCAGAGCACUUUUGACUUCGCUCAGGUCUUCUCCCUGACCCAGCAGCCUGUGCGCAUGGAGGCUGCCAAAGCCCGCUUCCGGGCCGGGCAACAGCUUCUGCAGCAGCAGCAAGGGGGCAUCACGGCAGAGGUGAUGAUGGGCAUCCUCAGGAACAAGGAGAGCGGCAUCUGUAUGGACUCUGGAGGCUUUCGCACCACGGCCAGCAUGGUGUCCAUCCUGCCCCGGGAUCCCACACAGCCCUGCGUCCACUUCCUCACCGCUACUCCAGACCCAUCCAGGUCGGUGUUCAAACCUUUCAUCUUCGGGGCGGGGGCGGCCCAGGCCCCCCAGGUGCUGUCCCCCACUUUUGGAGCACGGGACCCUGUUCGGACUCAGCCCCGAUUCCAGACUCAGGUGGAUCGCCGGCACACCCUCUACCUCCGGCACCAGGUGGCCCUGGGGCUGAUAGAGAGCGAGCAGGAUCGGGGGCAGCAGCUCCGGCAGAAGCAGCGGGAUCUGGAGCAGGAGGGCCUGGAGGCUGCGCGGCGGCUGCUGGCUGGGGAGCAGGUGCCACCCCCACAGGAGCUGGGCGGCCUCUUCCAGGCCUUUGUGGAAAGGGAGAGCCAGGUGUAUGCCUGAGCACCACAGGGCCGGGGUGGGCACAGGACCCCAGUGCAAUCCCUUUGCUCCCCUCAGCCUUGUUUUGGGUGGCCAGCUCGGCCUUUGCCUCAAUAAAGUAUGUUAUUUCCCUG